UUCAAGUGGAAAAUAUAUUGAAUAAAUUACCUAUUAUAUAUCCACUAAAUCUCCGGAUAUCCGGUUGUCACCUAUAGGAUGAGAAAACUACUUUUGUUAUUGGCUUGUUGACAACAGUUUGGCCAAUUGAAUCAGGUUUUACCGACCCAUUUUUAUUCCUGGACAAGAAGUGCGACACGAAAAGUUAAUCUGCAAGUUUGUUCAUCUUUCCAGAACAUAAGGGUCAAAAACAAACAUCAUGGACAACACAAGCUCUUCCAUUGGCGUGGAUCCAGAAGAUUUUUCAUCUGUUACUCAAGUGUACAUGGAGUAUGAUAACGAUGAUGAUUGUAGUAUUGGAAAUUCCUCUUGCUCGAGAUUUGAAGACAGUAAUGGUCAUCACCUCGGAAACGACAUGUCGGGUCCCAGUCAUGGGAAAAACUUCGAUGAUGAUGAAAGUCGAUAUAUCCACAACACCAUAUCAGAUGACAGGAUAGAGAUGAGCAUUAAUCCUGGGAUGAGAGGCGUCCCAGCCAAUUUCAACCCUUCACACGCCACCAUCACUGUAGAAAGUUGUGACCCAGAUACCAAGGAAAAGGAGGUCAGAAGGUUUCAGUGUGAUUACAGAGGAUGUGCGCGGACCUACAGCACAGCAGGAAAUCUUAGAACACACCAGAAGACACACAAAGGUGAAUACACAUUUAUCUGUGACCAGCAUGGGUGUGGAAAAGCCUUCUUAACUUCCUACAGUCUAAAGAUACAUGUACGGGUCCACACGAAAGAAAAGCCGUACGAAUGUGAAGUCAAAGGAUGUGCCAAAAACUUUAAUACCUUGUACAGAUUACGCGCUCAUCAAAGAAUACACACCGGCGACACAUUUGACUGUAAUGAGGAUGGUUGUACCAAAUAUUUUACUACGUUAAGUGAUUUACGGAAGCACAUACGGACACACACAGGCGAAAAACCAUAUCAGUGUGAUGAAAAUGGGUGUGGAAAGGCAUUUGCAGCCAGUCAUCAUUUAAAGACCCAUCAACGGACUCAUACAGGAGAGAAGCCUUAUGCGUGUCAUGAAGAUGGGUGUUCUCGGGCAUUUUCCACAUCAUACAGUCUGAAAACUCACAAAACCAAGCAUGAGAAAUCACAGGGGGAACAGGACAACACGGCCACCAUUUUCAGUGAAGAUGGACGAUUUCAGUACAACAUCUCAGAUAAUGUCCGGUAUAGGACAGAGGGCAUCCUGAAUACUUUAGGUCUGCUUGAAAUGGGAGACCAGUGUGAACCUAACUCUAAUGACUAUGUAGACAGACCAGCCAUUACAGACAUCGUGGACAUACUGAAGGACACGGACAACUGUAACAUGUGUGUCUAUAACCACGCCCACCAACCGGUGACGUCCGAUACCCAAGUCAGCUACACCAAUCAACAGCAGCAAGUCUUCACGGAACUCAACAAAUCCAAUUCUCAACAACCGGAGAAGGACAUGGUUCAGUUAACACCGGUGCCAGCCAUCCCUGUUAAUCUCCCAGUGGUUCAGGACAUUCACUGUCUACAAAACUCGGCUCCAAAUCUGCAGUCCCUGGAAGCUCAGCAAAUGUCGAUUCCUGAGGUCCAGACGACACCAAAGGGGGACAACUCACUACAGACCGUCACCGCUUUACCGGUACUACAGAGCAGUGGUGACGUAGUAAACAACUCAGCCAUGUUUGUGGAACACUAUCUGAUUACGAAAGUGAUUGAGAAAACUCCAGCUGGACAGCAGGUGAAGUCCGAAAGCACUCUCCAACUCACUCCAAGUAUACAGACACAACAAGUUAUGGAUGGGUGUCAGGCGGUCGUCGACCUUUCUACAACAAGUGGUAGUAUCAACAUCACUCCUCCGAACAUCUCUCCUCCAAAUCAGCCACCUGGACAGUUCAUCAACACCAGUCCGAUAAAUCCAAAUGCUCAGGUCAAAAAUGAACGGGACUUCAUCACUAUGAACCCUCCUGGCCCCUCUGCAGUAACACCACCUGCUAACACCAUACAUCAAGUGGAGAGAGGAAUUUUCAAUGAGUUCAACACCAGCACUUCAACACAUCAGGAGAACUCAAACAAUAAAUUGGUAAUCCCAGCGGAACUGAAUGUUAGAAUGGAGCAUAUUCCGGCUAUCAUAGCUGCUAAUCCAGACAAGAAAAUCACGAUUUUGCCCUCCAAUGAUGGCAGAUCGCAGCCCUCUGUUGUCAAGAUCUCUUCAGACAAAGGCUACAUAGAAUUACCUUGUGGAAUGGAUGGGAAACUGGUCACGACGCCGAAUUAUGCCCUGACCUCGGCAAAUGUGAUCAAUAUUACUUAGAUUUGGACAAAAUCGUACCUCAAUAUUGCUUUAGAUAGUUGAAUAAUUUAAUUGUGUGUGAUAUUAAUCUGUUUAUUGUUGAUUUUUCAUGAACUCUUGAAGUUCUUCUAGUUAUUCUGUAAUAUCUAUUAAUUGUUAAUGAUUUCAGAUGAGAUUUGUUUUAUAAUAAAAGUGCUUUCCAUGGAAUGAUAAUAAAGGAUAUAUAGAAUGA